UGAGAUAAGAAAUAAUUUGGGAGGGAAAUUUGGAGUGAAGAAAGAAGAAGCGGGGGCGGCGAGAGAGAUGGAAAAGGGCGGGGAGGCGAAGAUAGACCUAAAGCGAGACGGUAUCGAGGAUCUGAGUGGGCGUGUUCAUCUACUUCCCUGCUGCAUCAAGCACGAUGGUCCCACCGAAGUCUCUCAGUAUUUCAAACCUAAACCUACCGGCGUCGUCGGAGAAGACGGUUUACCAUUACAGCAAUCGCAUUUUCGAGGAAGGUUGCUCGAAGGAACUACUCUCCCUCUUCCUCAUAACUACUCUGGUUUUGUUUUGGGAAAGAAAAAUUCGGUUGAAAGCUCUAAUUCGUGGGAGACUAGUGUGACCUUUAAUGAUAUCACGUAUUGGAACCACGACAGCGUUCCUUCAAACAAUGAUGAUUUUUCCCGUGCUUUUCAUUGGAUCCCUGUUGCAGAAGCUGGCAUUGGUAUUUACCCAAAUCUUGUCGAGUGUAAUGUUUGUUCGCAUUAUGUUAAUGUUGACGAGGUAUGCAUCUUGGAGAAUGUCAUACUCUGCAUACUCCUGUGACACCUGAGGAGUUAGAGUCAUCAUCUAUUACACUCUAGAGUCCCAAUUACUCUCCCUACAAAAUGCUGUAGCUUAAUUCCAGUUAAUUUAUUCCUGUAAUUUUUAUGCUUUUGUUGUAUGUUGUCUCCAACGAUCCUUUUGUACUUUCCCUUUUAAUUUCUAUAGAUCCUGUUUGUUUUUCCCUUAGUAAAUACAAUAUGUAUCAUAUUCAUAGAUGGAAAGCUUGCUAUCUUUAAUAGCACAUUAUGUCUAGUCUAUUUCUACUGAAGGAGGAGGAUAUCUUGCAGUAUGCAUGCCUAUCAGAAUCAUAAUUGUGGAGGCACAGUUUAGAUGAGCUCGAAGACCUCAUAUAUGUAUGGAUGAUGAUCAGUUUCUUUAAGAGUGUUCCAAGUCUGAGGAGCCAGUUCCUUUAUUAUUUAUUGUCUUCUCCGUUUAAUUAUUAGUGGCUCUUGUUAACUUAAUUUUCCUGUUUUAGUUUGAAAGGCACAUGCUAAGUUGCUUACUAUGUUAGUACUA